AGGUUAAAUAAUAAAAUAUGAGGUAGAUAUGUAUGAAAGCAAAACGAAAAGAAAGAGCGAUAAACGCAAACUUAAUCAACAAUCUCCGAUCGCUGAUUAUGAAAAUGAUAAAAAAAAGGUAGGUAGAUGGACGCCCGAAGAGGAUGAGAAGCUUUAAAAAUUGAUUGAAGGUUUUCUAAUAAAAUUUAUUUGUAGAAUACGGAGAAAAGAGUUGGCGAAUCAUAAGUGACAUGAUGGAAGGUCGGAGUGCCAUACAAUGUCUUCAUAGAUGGACUAAAAUACUUAAACCUGGACUGAAGAAAGGUGUUUAUAGUGUGUUUAUAAUUUAGGACCUUGGUAAGAUGAUGAAGAUGAAAAGCUAUUAGAAUGGGUUAAGAAUAAUGGGCCUUGUAAAUGGUCUUUAUGUGCUGAAAAUAUAGCAGGAAGGUCGGGGAAGUAAUGUAGAGAACGAUGGUUCAAUAAUCUCAAUCCUAAUGUUAAAAAAGGAGGGUGGACAUCUGGUUUAUAUCUAUUUACUAUACGUAGAGGAGGAUCAUGAAAUUUUUAAAGGGUAUCUACAGUAUUCGUCAUCUUGGUCAAAAAUUGCUAAGAACUUGUCAGGUAGAACUGAAAAUUCUGUGAAGAAUAGGUUUUAUUCUACAGUUAGAAAAUUAUUGGCUGAUUAAGAAAAAAAUGGGAUAUCACUUAAAGUAAAUCCAUUUUAUUUAUUUUAGAUGCUUGAAGCAUAAGGAGAAAAUGGAACUUCUGCUUUAUAAACUUUUGUAAAAGAGCAUCUAUAAAAAUAUGAAUAGCAAAUGUAAAUGUAAAUGGAAUAAGAAGAACCUGAGUCAGAUAAAUCAAUGUAAGAAGAAAAAGUGGAAGAAUCUGAAAUUAAAUCUGAAGAAGAUGAUGAUGAUAGUAAAUCAAGAAAGAAGAUGUAAACAGAAACAUAUUAAGAAUAAAAUCUUCUUUAUAGGUUACUUAAACAAUAAGGAGGACCUAUUAAAAGAACUUCAUGUAUGAAGGAUUAUUCGACAAUCUAUAAAAAAUAUAAAAAAAGAUAUAAUUAAAAGAAGAAAGAUAAAAAACUGUCAGAUAAGGUUGAAAACCUUAGAAAAAUGAUAUUAAAAAAGGAUGAUUAUAAAAAUUCAUCUGAAGAAAAAGAAUUAGAUUUCUAAUAAAAUCUUGAAUAAUAAUUAGCUAAUUUUUCGUAAUAGAAAAUAGAUGCUCAAUCUCAAAAUGGUGAUUCGGAUAAAAUGAAUGAAUUUUAAGAAAAAUUAUUGGCAUUCUUCAAUUAGCAAUUAAAUGAAGUAAUGAAAAAAUUUUAUGUUGAAAUGGGUGAUCCAAAAUAAGCCAAAUGGCAUAUGAUUCUUGCUCCUGAUGACAAUAAAAUAUAAUAAUAACAAUAAUUAUAAUAAUAAUAAUAAUAAUAAUAAUAAUAAUAAUAAUAAUAAUAAUAAUAAUAAUAAUAAUAAUAAUAAUAAUAAUAAUAAUAAUAAUAGUUGUAAGAAAGUAAAAAAAAAACAAAAAGGUAAAUUGCAAAGAGUGUCAAAGUUAAAGAAGAAGAAGAUGAACAAAAUUAAAUGGUUAUGAAUACAUUUCUAUAAAAAUUUAAUCAUCUUGGUUAAAUAGGAAUUACUCAAUUAGGGUAUUAUUGUUAAAUAAUUUAUAGUGCUAAUGUAAAUGAAGGUAAAAAUGAAACUGAAAAUUAAAUGGUUUAAGAUGGUAAAAUAGAUUAAAAAAUGGUGUUCCUUAUUAGUUAAUUGCACACAUUAGAGAAUAUGUUAGGUGAUACAAAAAAGGAAUUUAGCAGAUUAGAGGCUAGUCUUUAUGAAAAAAUAAACAAUACUUCAUUUCACUCUAAUAAUUCGAGUGAAAAGAACUGAU